AUGGAAACUGAUCAGAAACCGCAAACCAUUUAUCGCUGCAAAAGAUGCAGCAGGAUUGUUGCUAUUCAAGAGCAUGUUAUUCUUCACAAACAGGGAGCGGGUGAGCGAUGCUUCAAAUGGAAGAAAAGAGGUGACCCCUUGGACAGGGACAAGAAACCUGAAUGUUCCUCAAUAUUUGUGGAGCCCAUGAAGUGGAUGCAAGCAGUACAAGAAGGCCAUGUUGAAGAGAAGCUUUGGUGCUUGGGCUGCCAGGCACGUUUGGGUUCAUUCAACUGGGCAGGCAUGCAAUGCGGCUGA